GUGUUUGCCUAAAUGAGUGUGAGCUGAUCAAAGGUAGCGGACACCUGCGUCCAGCGCACUCGAGUCAUGUCUAAGUGGCUGGAUGAUGGCGAAGUGCUGGUGGGUCAAGGCAGUGGUGAGGCUUUACCAGUGAGCCCCAGACUGCGGAGCCUUCCUCCUGGAAGCCCCAGGCCUGGCCGGGGCCGCAGUCCGCUGGCUUCACCUCGCAGCAGGGAGGCGAUGCCGUUAAGUCCACCUAAGGAGACCAUGGGGAAGGCCAAAGAGCUGUUUGUACUGUGUGACAAAGAGGGGAAAGGUUUCAUCACAAAACGGGACAUGCAGAGUCUACAAGGGGAGCUGCCGUUGUCCCCUGAACAGCUGGAGAUGGUGUUUGAAAGUCUGGACCGAGAGAGCAACGGAUUCCUCACUCCAGCUGAGUUCAAAGCCGGGCUUGGUGAGUUACUUGGGCUGGAGGAGACGACUGAGCUGAGUCAAGACGAAGCAGAUGAGGAUGUGGAUGAGACGGACUGGUCUCAGGACCCCACAGCAGUCACAUUUGUAAACAUACUAAUGGAGCUCGGUGCUGACAAACUUUUCAAAGAUCAGCAGGAGCUCCGUUCUCUGUGGUGUGACCUCCAGAGAGACAGACCAGAGCUGCUGAGUGUCCUGGAGGGCGUCUUAGUCCAAGCAGUGUCUCAUUUACAGGAUGCCCUCAGAGAAAGAGACAGUAUGGAACAAGCUCUGCGCAGGCGGGAGAGUGAACACGAUCAGGUUGUUCGGUCCAUAUAUGAAGACAUGGAAACUCAGAUCAGAGAGGAGAGAGAGAAAUACGUGGCUCAGGACAGCAUUAAGCAGAAGCAGAGAGGGCACCAACUUGAGGAGGAUCUGAAGAUGCGGGAGCAAGAGUUGGAGAACACGCUGAGCAAACAGAAAGAGCUCGAGACCAGAAUCCGUCAGCUCAGCUCUGAGCAAGGAAACAUCAAGGAGCAGAAUGAGCGACUGCGGAGACUGAACUUCCAGUUACAUGAGCAGGUGGAGAGCAGCAGAGAGCAGCUGCACGUCGCUCUGAGUAAACUCAACAUGCUGCAAAACAACGCGGCCCAGGAACAAGUGGACAGACAGAGAAAUGUGAUGAGGGUGUCAAGAAACAUAAAGAAAGAAAAGGAGAGUCUUUUGAGACAACUGGAGAUAUUAAGGGACAUGAACAAACGGCUGCGAGAUGAGAAAGAUGCUCAACAGUCCCAGAACAGGAGUCCAAAUCUCACAAAGCCUUUGCAGAAGAGAGGGUCAGUCAUAGGUAACUACUUGCUGCAAGACAAUCCAUUGAAAAGACAGCUGAGCUCUUCUGAUGAGUUGGAGCAGGACAGAAACACAGAGGUGACAAAUACAUCCAAGAGACACCAACUGUCAUGUAGAGUCAGGGGUGAAAAUGUUGAACAGCCCCAGACUCAGAGCAGAACUAUGUGUCUUCAGCGAGUGUUCAAGGUGGUAUUUCUGGGUAACUCGGGGGUAGGUAAGAGCUCCUUCAUCCAGCAUUACUGCACAGGACACUUCCACAGUAAAAUGAGCACGACAGUCGGUAUAGAUUUUCAGAUGAAGACUUUAACUCUGGACUCCACCACUAUCACCCUGCAGCUCUGGGACACUGCAGGACAGGAGAGGUUUCGCAGCAUCACUGAGCAAUAUUACCGAAAGGCCGACGGCAUCCUCGCCAUGUAUGACGUAACCCAGUCUGCCUCCUUCACAGCAGUGAGAGGGUGGAUGGACUCUGUUAAGGAGAAGAUGUGUGAAGGUUCUGUACUGAUGCUGUUGGGGAACAAGCUGGACUUAGCAGACGGACACAGCAGAGAAGUAUCAACAGGAGAUGGGCAGAGGCUGGCAGAGCAGCACCAGGCGUUGUUUUACGAGUGCAGUGCCAAGACUGGAAGUAACAUGGAGGAGCUGAUGACUCACCUGGCAGGGAUGUUGGUUUCUCAGCACGAUCGACAAUGUGAAGAUGCACUUUUACUGACUGAGGACACGGUUCAAAGAACUUGCUGUACGUAAACAGCAGGAGAGAGGCUUUUGGAACACUGAAAGUCUCAGGAGUCCUGCUAUGGUUCAGUGGAGCACUGUUGUGUCCUGUGCCAACAAUGAUUUAUCAAGCCCUGAAGUCACUGACUGUAACUGAGGACACAAACAGUGGCCUUUUCCUGUGAACAAGUUUACUGAAUUGUUUCUGUAAUGUUUACCGAUGUUGACAUGUAUCUUUAUAAUAUAUCCAAUAAAAGAUAUUGCUGAUGA